AUGACGACCACAACCGCCCCCCUUUCCCAGGCAUUUGGGUAUGGGAUAAUCAUUGGCCUCGGCUUUCUUUUCGCCUUGGGUAUGAUUGCGACUACCUGGGCGCUCAAACGCUAUCAGAAUGAAGUCCAAACCUCAGAAAUGUUCAGUACCGCCGGUCGUACUGUUAAGACCGGUUUGGUAGCCUCCGCCGUCGUAAGUUCAUGGACAUGGGCGGCAACGCUCCUGCAGUCAUCGGGGAUCGCAUACAAGUACGGAGUUUCGGGCCCGUUCUGGUAUGCGAGCGGUGCGACAGUGCAGAUCUUGUUGUUUGCGACACUGGCCAUUGAGCUCAAGAGGAAGGCGCCCAAUGCACAUACGUUUUUGGAGGUUAUCAGAGCGCGAUAUGGCGCCGGGGCGCAUGUGACGUUCAUGUUCUUUGGACUGUGUACUAAUAUAUUGGUUACGGCAAUGUUGUUGACUGGCGGGUCUGCGGUGGUUACUUCUUUGACUGGUAUGAGCACAGCUGCAGCCUGUUUCCUCUUGCCUGUUGGUGUUAUUAUUUACACUCUGUUCGGUGGUAUCAAGGCAACCUUCCUCACAGACUACAUUCACACCGUCGUCAUCCUUGUCAUCAUCUUUAUCUUUGCCUUCACCACAUAUGCCACCUCCCCGCUCCUCGGCUCCCCUGGUGCCGUCUACGACCUCCUUGUCGCAGCCGCUGAGCGCCACCCCGUCUCCGGAAACGCCGGCGGGUCAUAUCUCACCAUGCAAUCCACCGAGGGCGCAAUCUUCUUCGUCAUCAACAUUGUCGGCAACUUUGGAACCGUCUUCUGCGACAACGGAUACUUCAACAAAGCCAUCUCCGCCUCACCUGCCUCCGCGCUCCCCGGAUACGUACUUGGUGGUCUCUCAUGGUUCGCGAUCCCGUGGCUGUGCGCGACGACAAUGGGACUUGCCUGUUUGGCGCUUGAGACCAACCCGGCGUUCCCGGGCUUUCCGGCGAGGAUGUCGGAUAUCGAUGUCGAAGCUGGGUUGGUGCUUCCGAAUGCAGCCGUGGCACUUCUCGGAAAGGGAGGUGCGGCUUGUACAUUGGUCUUGAUCUUUAUGGCUGUUACCUCCGCGACCUCUGCUGAGCUUAUUGCUGUCUCGAGUAUCUUCACAUAUGAUGUCUACCAAACAUAUGUUAACCCCAAGGCCACCGGAAAGAGCUUGAUCUACAUGUCGCACUUGUGCGUUGUGAUCUUUGGUUUCGUGAUGGCGGGAUUCAGUGUGUUGCUAUGGCAUAUCGGUGUCUCCAUGGGAUACCUGUACCUUCUUAUGGGAGUCAUGAUUUCCAGCGCCGUGCUCCCCGCAUCAUUGACGCUCCUAUGGAAGAAGCAAAACAAAUGGGCCGCCACCUUCUCCCCCAUCCUCGGAUUGGCCUGCAGUCUCGUCGCCUGGCUUGUCACCACCAAGGUACAGUUCGGUGAGAUCACCGUCAAGAGCAGUGGAUCAAACAUGCCCAUGCUUGCCGGUAACGUCGUCGCCCUUCUCUCCCCCGUCGUCUUCGUCCCUCUUCUAACCUUCGCCCUCGGCGCCGACAACUACGACUAUGAGUCCAUGCGUCUCAUCCGCAAGAGCGACGACGCCGACAUUGCCGCUGCCGCGGACGUCGACCCUGAACUUUUGCGCGGCCAGCCCUCGAGCUCCGAUAACUCCAUCGCUGAGCAAGAGAACCUCACCAAGAGUGCCAAGAUCGCGCGCAUCAUCACUGUGGUCAUGACGCUGUCGCUGCUCAUCCUCUGGCCGUUCCCAAUGUAUGGCAGUGGAUAUGUGUUUUCAAAGAAGUUCUUUACGGGGUGGGUCGGUGUGGGAAUUGCCUGGUUGUUUUUGUCGACGAUGAUGGUCGGAGUCUACCCGUUGUGGGAGGGAAGAAAGUCGAUGGCGCAUACGGCGAAGAGUAUCUAUUUGGAUCUGACGGGCAAGAGGGGCCCGAUGAUUCAGGGCAGGAUGGCGGCCGUGGAGGCGGAUGGGGAUGAGGUGGUGAAGGAGAAGAGUUGA